AUGUGCCGUCGGUGCGUCGUCUGCGGAAAGUAUGCCGCCGAUAAUGAUUGCGAGUUUUAUCACUAUCCGAAGAACAAGAGGGAGGCGCUAAUCUGGCAACGGAGCAUGGGUGCCUUUGAGACAUGCGUGGACACAAUACAGGAGCAAUGCUGUGUGUGCAUCAAGCACAUACCACAGUUUGUGGAACUUGCACAGAAGCAGGCGGCUCUGAUGACGGCGAAGAGCGCGGAUCAGAUGAACCGUCCAUCACUUAGUGUUCUCCUUCUGCCGGGGGCAACGCUACCUCCAUAUUGUGGUAAGUCGGAGGAAACGAAGAGCAAGGAAUCCAAGGACCAGGAAGAUGACAAGUUAGAUGAGGAUAUCAUUGUGAAAGAGUUCAGGGUGAAGGAUUGUGGUGCCAAUUUUCCGGAUAUAGAUGAAACGGAAGUUACGGUGCUGCGAACACCUGUGCAGAAUGACGAGGAGCUGAUGAAGAAUAUGCAGAGCAACAAAGAGAGCGGUGAACAGUGUGGAGACAGCGGAAAUAUGACCGACUGCACAGACGUCUUACUCCUUAGCCGAAGUCAAAAGAAUUUUGAGGAUGCACGUACUUCAUGCCAAUGCGAUCUAAGCCCAAAGAUAUGUCCGUCAGCAAACAGUUGUCCUUCUCAUCCAGAGAUAAACUACGAUUUUGAUCAGCCUCGCGUCGGUUGUGAGUGUGAGCGAAAAAUUCGAAAUGAGAUGAACGAAAUAAUUAAACAUCAACAGAAACGCAUUUGUGAGCUGGAAUACCAACUUUGUCGGCAAAACGAUUGGCAUUUCUCAAUGCAACAAAAACUGAAUGAGCUUUAUUCGGAAUUCGGACGCCUGGAACCGCCGGAGGAGCUGGGUCAGCCGGAUGAGGUUGAUUUACAGACUCAAUCAGUGCAAUGGAAUGAUAACUCUAAUGCACAAGUGGCAAAGCCAAAUCAAGUUCGCUGGUCGACUGAGGAAGCCAUUAAAUCAUCUCCAGAAAAAAACAUAACACGGCACUAA